GCGGGCGGGCAGUUGGGGCAGGGGCGGCUGAGGCGAUGAUGGCGGCGGCGGGCCCGGCGCAGCUGCCGGCGGUAUGCAACCGGCGGCUAGCGGAGUUCCUGCGGCAGGUGGACGAGACCGACCUGGUGUGGCUGAAUGAGAUCCGUGAGGAGGCGGCCAGGAUGUUCAGCAGCCACUACAGCGACGAGCCGGAGCUGAUGCCCAAGACGCCGUCGCAGAAGAACCGGCAGCGGAGGAAGCGCCUUUCCGCCCUGCAGGAGGAGAACCAGGAGCCGAGCAGGAAGAGAUUAUCUAGAAGGAGGAAUAGCAGUCUCAAGGUGGUACCCUCCAUACGAUACUCUCAAAGACUCCGGAAUAAAGAAAACCUGGAACUAAUCAGGGCUGAGGCCAAAGAAAUCUGUCCACCUCAACGUGUGACAAGAUCCCAGGCUGCAACAUCUGCUAAAAGCUCCCAGGUCCUUCCUGAGACGCCUCCUGUCCAGCAAGUAGAAGGGAAGGUUCCCUUAGUAGAAGCUGAUGUCAGUGAUCACAUUACCACUGAGCUACACGUCCAGAAGAGUGCAUCUAAAGCAGCAGAGAAGCUCUCCACGACCUUUGUCUUGAGUUCAGAUGAUGGUUCUCCCAGAGAAAGCAGUGUUGCCAAAUUGGUGCCUGUGCCCACAGCCUUUGAGCUGAUGAUCCCUCAUACCCCCGAGGCAAACGAUGCCGGAGAAAGCGAGGCUGUGUCCGAGCUGAAGACAGCAAAGGCAGCUGACACUACAGUUGUUUUAAGUGAAGGGCCUAGGCUGGAGGAGGUAGAUGACUCUGCUGAGGUACAAGAGGGGUCUGAUAAGGAGCCUUCCCAGCACAUAAGGGAUAGCCCAGGGACUCCGACAGGCUCCAGGCUGAGCCGUCGUUCAGUGCGCAGGAGUCUGAUGGGUAAAACUUCCAUGGCUCACAGAACCUCCUUGGCAGAGAAAUACUCACUAGCCAGCAAGAGGGAAAGUAUGAUGCGGAAAUCUAUCGCCAGGGCAAUGGUCAAGAGGAAGGCAGCUCAGAAGUCAUCUGUGUCCUCCAGUCGCAUGGAUGUCUCCAGCUCUGGAGAGGUGCCAGAGGAUGAAGAAACAGUUGUCAAAACUGGGCCUCCUCCUGGACCUUGUACCCCCUCCAAGUUGAGUCCUCAAAGUCCACAAAUGUCCCUUCGCUCUCGAACCAUCAGCAGAAAUGAACAGCCGCAGGAGACGAGCAACAACGAAAGCAACUUAAAUAAGAAUGGGGAGACCCAGGAACCACCCCAGAGUGCCAGGAGAAAGCCAAGUUACAAAAGAGCUGUGGAUGAACGCUAUGACAAUCAGCAAGCAGAAGAUGGAGGGCUUUCUCCUCCAAGAAGAAAAACCCCAUCCCCUACCUUUCCAGCCAGUAAAGUUGUACGUCCUUUCAAAACGUUUUUGCACACUGUGCAGAAGAACCAGCUCCUCAUGACGCCAAGCUCUGUGGGGAGAAAUGGAGUAAUAAAAUCUUUUAUCAGGUACAACACUCCUCUUCAAUCUAAUCCCAAGGAAAAGGAGAGACAGAAGCUAGAGACUCUGAGAAAAAAGCAAGAAGCUGAGCAGCUGAGAAAACAAAAACUGGAGGAAGAAAAGAAACGGCGACUAGAAGAGGCAAGGCUGAAGCGCGAGGAGCGCCUGCGCAAAGUGUUGCAAGCUCGGGAACGGGCAGAGCAAAUAGAGGAAGAGAGGAAAAGGCGCAUUGAGCAGAAGAUAGCUCUGUUUGAUGAGAAGACUGAGAAGGUGCGGGAAGAAAGGUUGGCAGAAGAGAAGAUGAAAAAGAAAGCAGCUGCCAAGAAAAUGGAAGAAGCAGAGGCCCGGCGCAGGCAUGAUGAAGAGGCCAGAAAACAAAAAGCACUGCAGCAGGAGGAGGAGGAACGUCGGCACAAAGAGCUAAUGCAGAAGAGGAAGGAAGAGGAGCAGGAACGUGCCAGGAAGAUUGCUGAACAGAGACAGGCAGAACAGGAGAGAGAGAAACAACUGGCUGCAGAGAGAGAGCUGGAGAAGAAGAAGGAACAGGAGAGGAUCCAGGCAGAAAAGCUACAUGAACAGCAGGAGAAAGCUGCUCGCCUGCAGAAGGAAUUGUUGUCUGCUAAAGAACAGCUCCACAAAGAGACGGAAAAGAAAGAACAGGAGGAGCAGAGACUAGCAGAGACGAAGAGUCAGGAGCAAGAACAGAAGAAACUACCAGAGGAACAAAAGGCUAAAGAUAUAGCCCAAACACAGCACCUAGGAAACAAAGAGAAUUCACCUGCCUGCAAUUCAUACCAGAUGACUCCACAGGCCCAGAAAGAUCCAAAGGCCCCCACGGUAAAUCCAAACAACUAUGGAAUGGAUCUGAAUAGCGAUGACUCUACUGAUGACGAAAGCCAGCCUCGCAAGCCCAUCCCUGCCUGGGCCACUGGGAAUCAGCUUAGCCAAGCUGUAAUCCGCCAGUACUACAACCCUCCCAAUGUUGAUGCACUCUUUGGGGUGAUUGCAAGCCCCAAGCUGGAGGACAUCUUUUACAAAAGCAAACCACGCUACUUCAAGCGCACAAGCUCUGCUGUGUGGAGUUCCCCACCAUUUCCAGGUGCCAAAUCGGUUCUAGGUCUGCCAUACAGCCUAAAAAAGUACUGACGUGGGCAGUGGCUGUUUCUUGUGGACCAGUGCGUAUGCAUUUCUUUCUCUCUAGGUGAGAAAAGAGUUACUGUUCAGUAUCUGUAAAUCUUUAGGUAUUAGCAUUGAAUAAAUGUCAGCUCUUACUGGGCCUCUUGCAUUUUCAGUUUUUGGGGCUUAUUUUCUCACUGUUAGGCAAAACAGCAAGCUUUUGGGAGAUACCGCCUUGGAAAGAUGCAUCUCCUUUUUACGCUUAGCUUUACGCUGGCAAAGAUUUAGACCUUUAGGUCAUGAGAGUGCAUCACCUAAAGCUGUGUGAUCCUGUCCUGUUCAGCCAAGGAGGCCUGGUAGUAGCUGCCAGCAGUAGACAAAAGUUGUAUGUCUGUACUGUCCCUGCCCACCUCAUGGCUGAAGCCAGAGUACUUGUACAGCUAAGGACCACUGCACGCAUCUUGGGUAAAAUCCAAAUAUGCACUACUGAUGUUCUGCAGAAGCAAGGUGUUAGCAGCUGUGGUCUUCAUCAUCUCCUGCAAAUUGCAAAAUGAUUUCAUUGUUUCAUUUUUCAGCAGUACACUUUAUGCCAACACCAAGUGCAAUUAUGUGCAUAAGCUAGAUUGAUGCCAAUGUUACUACAGCUCGGGCUGAAAUACCCAGAGGAUUUUAUUGCCCUUCCUUCAGAUGUUGAAGAGAGAUGUGACCCUCAGUGUAAUCAUGUCUCCAGGAAUACCCAGAGUAGUGUAAGCAGGCUUUGUUGAUCUAGGCUUUGUUGUUCUAGGCUUUGUUAAGAGAAAUUGUACAAAGGUUCUGAUAGAAUUUUGUUUCUCUAAUUUAAAUUCCAUGUCUGUGGCAUAGAUUGGAUUGAAAGAAUGAGUUUAACCUAUCUUUCUCUUUUCUCCCCUUGGGUCUUUCAUUUGUUCAGCAUCGGUUUUAUUUCUAGGCCUGUUUUGCACUUCAUGUUCAAUCAGACAGUGUCAAAUGGACUGUUAUCAAGACAAUUUCCUCCUAACAGCAAAAUAUCAGCUCAGAAUUUCAGUUCCAAGAGCACUUGGUGUUUUAGUCAUUCUUUCUACACCUAACUUGCAAAUGGCACAGGCACUUGUGUUUUCUCUGCAACAAGCUCCUGUACAGAGUAGAGGUCUCAGUAGAACAGUGCUUACUGGAAGAUUUUAAGGGAAACAGUUACCUUAGUUUCUGUAGGUUGUUGUGGAACUCUGUCUUCUGCAAAUUAGGCAACCUAUAUUGUUCUUACCUCAGAUUCAUCUUUUUCUUGUGGCUUGAUUUGUUUUAAAGAUGGGUGAGCAUUCAUGGCUGCAAUUUCAGUAAGCAAAAGGCUGAAGAACACUGUUUCUCCUUAGAUACAACUCAGUCCUUUAAACAAAACAUUGUACGGAGAUUAUACAAUGUGUAAGGAGACUUCUACCUUGUGCAUAUAAUUAAUGAACUGUUUGCAAGCAAAUGUCUUUAAAAUGAUGUGGGGUUUUAUAUUUAAAUACAUCAACUGCUAGAUGCUACGCUAUUGAUCAGUGUUUAUAUCUGUGAGAUGAUUGUACUUUGAUAGAAGCGAGUAGAUUGAAUUUUGUAUCUUAGAAUGAACAUAACCUUUUUGUAAGAAAGCUUGCUGAAAUGGUGAAAUCUUUAAAGUUGAAUGCUGUUUGAAUGUCUGACAGUUUGAUAAAAGUGAGUUAAAUCAUC